CUAGCGUUCGAUCAUGGGCUACUGGCUGGAGCUGCGCGCCUGGCUCCUGCGCGAUCCUGCGAAACUUAUACGCUAUCUCGUUCUGUUCAUCUGCAGCAUCAUUGUGAUCGUGCAGCUAUACGAGUGCUUCUCAAAACUAUCCGACCCGCCUAUAUCCACGCAUUCCUAUUAUAAUGUGAAUCAAACGAUUGAAAUGCCUGCCGUAACGCUGUGUCGUGAGCCGCCCUACAGAGAGGAAGUCUUAACAAAUCUAUCGCGCGGUCACUGUCCGCAUCCAAAGUAUGCCACAUGUUGGAUGGAUUAUCCCUUUGGCGAAUUAUCCUUCGAGGAGUUCUUCAACAGUGGCACUUUCGGCCAGGAGGAGACCUUCUACUCCUAUGGACUCAAUGGCGAUAAGUCUAAUGUUGCCAUCGAUAGCACCGUUCACUUUUAUAUGGGUCGCUGUUAUACGGUGCGUCCACUCAUGGACCUGAAAAGGGUAUCCAAGUCGGUUGGCUAUUCCCUAAUGCUGGAGCACAAUAUUGUUAAAUCCGCCAGCGAUGUGGACCUAACAUCUGGUGCGGGCUGGCAUAUCUUUCUGCACGAUAAGCGUGAAAAUUUUACGGAGGUCAACAUGAAGGGCUCGGGACGCGUCGAAUAUGUCUUUGCGGGCAUCAAUGAGGAGAUUGAGAUAAAGCUACAAAGUCAAUACUUCUCGAAUGUGGAAACGUACAAGGAGACCUGUUCGAGACAGGAGGGCUACAGCGAUCUAAAGUGUGGCGAGAUAUGCAUCUGGCAGGACUUAUCGGAUGAGGUGGACUGCUCGGGUCCUUGGAUGCAUGACAUAAAUUAUGAGCCCUGCAACGAUACCGACUCCAUGCGAAAUCUGAUCAAGAGCUACAAAGCGGUAUACGAAAGCGGCGAUGACUACGACUGCAAUUGCAUGGAGCCCUGCGAGUCGCGCAUCUUUACAACCUACAUACAGAGCAGGAAAACCUUUUACCAACCCGAACCACGGACACUACUCUACAUAUACUACACGACCAAGCUGAUAUCGAUGAUUGAGGAGCGUCCCAGCUAUGACACAACCCAAUUUAUAGCUGAUGUUGGCGGUUCCCUGGGCUUUCUGCUUGGUCUCUCCGUGCUGGGCAUCAUAGGCAUAUUGGAGCAUUUAACGUUAUUCUUUUGCGGCGAUUGCAUACGUCGAAUGCAGCUGAAAAAUGAGGAGCACAGUCGCUCCGACAGUCGCACCGACAGCCCGGAGGAUGGGGAGUCCCAAGCGAGUGACGUGACGCUGGACAUCAAUGAUGUGUUUACUGUAGAGAAAGCCAAGCUGGCCAAAUACUGAGCAGUUGGAUAACCUUUGUCUAAA